UCUUUAUCCACGAAGCCGCUUUAGUCAUGUUUUCGCGCUUAUCUAAAAACGACCAUACAAAUCUUGUAGUUUUAUACAUGUAUAUUUAUAAUCUGGGCGUUCUGUUUAACUCCUCUUUAUAUCACACUUAUUACCAUUUCACAUGCGCUUCUAAAAUCAGAAUUGUAAACACUAUUUUCUAAACUUAAGUGCGAUAAAUUAUUUUAUUAAAACAAAAUGAAGAAGCGAAAGUGUUAAUGAAACUGCUCUUUGUUUGUAUAGUGCCAGAUAAUAAUAUAUUCGACGAUGUGUUGUGCAUAGAAUAGGAAACUGUACAAAAAAUCAGCAAGUGGAAUAUUUUUUUCUCGUGAUUUACGUAAAGGCUAAAAAUAAAAUUGGAAAUAAGGAAACGAAAAUGUACUGAAGCACCUAAAUGAAAUUAAAUCAAGAUAUUAUCCAUAUUUUUACAAUUCUCUGUGUAGAAAAGGAGAUUUCAAUACCACACCAUCUUCGAAUCACAAUAUUUUAGUUGGAACAGCAUCGAAAAGGACUUUUUUACAUAACAUCUAUACCAACAGUCAGCGGGGCUAUCCAAUAAAGAAUCCCUUACACGAAGAAUCCGAUCAUCCCAUAAAUUCCAUCACUAAAUUCCAAAUUAGAUUGAACUUUCUAUCUGCUACUACUACUACUACUACUGCGUCAAUACAGGAAGAUUUUCCGUUUGAUUCACAUUCGCCCACUGAAUUUAACGGAAGUUCCCAAUCGAAACUGCGAGGGAAAAUUGGCGUGUUGACUUUUGGAAGAGAACGGCACGAAAACGGAAAGAUUCGAUACAAAACUAACUCGUAGAAAUAUAAUAUGCCUGUAAUUUCGCCCACAAGAUAUUCAACAACUGUCAGCAGUAGUUCAUAUUUACCGCCCUCGAUUGGUGGCACGACAAGUAGUUUGGCAAAGUCAUCGAAUUACGGUUCUCCGAGCAGCUAUCACACUUCAAGUUAUCGAAGCAACAGUUUAGGCAGUUCCGGGUAUUCAUCUGGAGGAUAUUCAUCGUCAUAUUUACGAGCGUCGUAUCGAUCAAACUUAUCGAGCUCGCCGUCGAUAUACCGAACCAGUUCAUAUUUAACUGGUGGAAAUAAUGAUACAACAGCAACCAGUCGAUUUGGAGUAAGUAGUAAUAGAUUUUUACGUGCAAGUUCAGAUAGAGACACAUUAAAGCUUGCGACAGGAAAAACUCAAUAUAACAGUAAUACAGUAAAUACAAGUCGAUCCAAAGCAUUACAAUCAAAGCCACCAAUCGGCGCAUCCUCACCGUCCAUAAGACAUCAGAGAACCUCAUCGGAUUCAGCUCGGUCCCGGGACAAUAGUCUAACGAGAGUUACUUCAAAAAGUGAUCCGAAUAGCAAUUGCAUCAAUAAUAACGAUACAAGCGAACUAAACGAUCAACCAAAAAGUAAAAUAUCAUCAUCAUUAUCAUCAUCAUCAUUAGCACGCCAAGUAGCCACAUCUGGUUUGGAAUUAUAUGAGAAAUACAGUCCCGCGCAUUAUAUACCAAAGUGUGAAUUAUCACGUUCCAGAUCACUUUCUGAAGCAACAUCGUCAUCAAAUAAAAACAGUAAUAACGAUAAAGGUUUAAGUAAUAGUAGUAGUAAUGUACAUCAGUUGCUACAAACAACCAGAGAGAGUAAGCAGCAUAGACAACAAAACCAAAACGAAAACGAUUUACAAAAUCUAAAUAUAAAAUCAUCAUCACCACCAUCUUCAUCACACCAAACAUCAUCACCAACAUCCGCAAAGGAUAUUAGCAAGGUAAAAAGAUUGUGUGCUGUAUCUACUACUGCUACUACUAAUACCAAUAACUAUUCGAAAUUUGCUACUGGUAGUGUUGUUGUGAUCAGCAAUAACUCCAAUGCUAACGCUUCCUCAGCUUACAUUAAUAAAAAUUAUUUAAGAAUAAGCAACAGUUCAACAACACCAUCACACAAUUUGGUUGCAGAUUUGAAUUUGAGUACAGUAUCUAAUAACAGUUUCAACGGUUCAAACUCACGUACAAUCGAUAAAACACACACUACAAACUCAACAAGUAGCCUUAAGCCUUCCAUCAAUAGUAGUGUCGUUAAUAUUGUUACUAACAAUCCUAGUGAGCACGAUAAUAAAACUAGUAGUAAACACAGCAACAAUAAUAACGUGAUUAAGACCGCUACAACUGUACAAUUCGAACAGCAAAAGACAAUUUCAUCACUCUCAUCGAAUUCGGCGAUAAAUUCGGUGAAUGACAAUUCGGCCACAAACCAAAUUCUAUACAAAAAAUUCCAAAAAAGCAAUCCUAGCAUCGCCACCACUCCUGCUUCUACGACGACGACCUUUAGCAGUAGUACGAUCGCAUCCGCAACAAAUAAAACAAUAACUCCAUCCAUAUUAUCAUCAUCAGCAACAACAACCGCCACAUCAACUGCUACCAUCACAGUUUCUAGUUCUAGUCAAAAGAAAGUAGUAUCUAAUGAUUCUAGCGAUAAAUAUUCAUCGACGAACAAUGCAAAUGCUAUUCUGAAAGCAGCCAAGUCAAAUCUUAAGCCGACAUCCAAGCAAUUUUUAAGUAACAAAUCGAUUGAUGAUAAAAGUAUGACAAGUUUGUAUGCGGAGGCGAAUGAUAACAGUAACAACAACAAUAACAAUAGUACUCUAAAUAACAGCUCUUAUAACAAGAAAGGAAUUUCAACGGUAAUUACGAUUAACAAUUCCGCCCCACCUACCUCUAAAUCAUCGUCACCGGAGUUAACAACUGAAUCAGUUGCCGACAAAACCAGAAAUUAUUUGAAAAAUAGCAAAAGCAAUGCCCUAGAUGCCCAUUUGGAAUUUUGCAAGAAUAAACUGCAACCCGUGGGAACCACGAAAGUAAACAACGUAAAUGCAGCAAAUGGAACAGGCUCUGUUAAAAGCGGGAUCAAUAGCAAAUUUAUUGGCUUAACCUAUCGUGAACCAAAUUUCCUAAAAACCGAAUGUGAAUUAGCCCGAUCUCAAGUUGCUAAAUCAAAUGAGGAGCAAUCAUUUGAUAACAACAAUCAGCUUUUGAACGGCGGUAAUAAUAAUAACCUUAUAUGUAAUGGAGCGGAGAAGGUAACUAGCAAAUAUGAAAAAAACCUAAUAAAACCUCUAGUGCAUAAGACAACAAAUAGCAAACAGUUGCAGCAACUGCCACGGACACCUUCAAAUAACAACAUGAAUUGUUUACAAAACGGCGGUGGGCCGGAUCUCGACGAUAUCAAGUACAUUGAUAGUGAUGAUUCGGAACGGCAGCAGCAUCAUGGCCAUAGUUAUCACCACAACUACCAAAGCCAAAAGAAGUCAACUACGUCCACUUCGUCGGCAGAUGUUACCAAAAGCAUCUACUCGUCGCCGUCGAGGACUCUAUCCGAGCGGAAGGACAUAAACUAUAUCACAAGCAGUAAAAUAUCGACAUUGCCGCUUACUUCUAAACAUCGUGACCUAAUGUAUAAUAGUGAUACUAGCAAAAACGUUACCAGUAAAUACAAUACCUUAAAUGAUUUCAAACGAUUACCAUCGAACCUAAACAGUAAUCUUAGAAGUGGGUUCCACAAAAACAUGGAGUUAAUCUCAUCAUCGUCAUCUUCAUCGUCGUCUCCAUCUUCUACAACCACAACACCUGUAAAAACGUACGCAACAUCAACAACAGUUACGGCCAUUUCAAAAUCCCCAGUAGUAAUGAUUCACCAACAGCAGAACGGAACAGUAAGCCACGAAUCAACUCCAUCUGGUUCACCGCAGAUCUUACGACGAAGAGGUGCACUAACUACAAGUAAUAGUAUUCUGCAGAAUUCAAACGAUUCCUUAUCAACAUCAUCACCGUCGUCAAAAGCGAUAUUACCGCAGCAAAAAUCGACGAUAUCGAAUCUUACGUCAUCAUCGCAAGCGCAACCCAGUACAACCCUAGCAACAUCAACCGAUCUAGAUGAACAAAGUUUGUCCAAUAAGAUAUGUGAUAAUGAUGAAAGUGUUCGUAAUGCCUCAAUACGAAGUGCCCUUCCAGCGUCACCGACCCCAUCACGCUACUAUGAUCGCGAAGGACGGUCAUCAGCUCUUGCUGCUGGACGAAGUUAUGAUACGGAAGAUCCUUCGACAAGUAAAUCAUCGCUGAACUCAUCUAAUUCAUAUGACAGGACAGCCGCCGAGGGACUAUGCGGUCUCCGAAACAUAGGGAAUACAUGUUAUAUGAACUCUGUCAUUCAAUGUUUAAGCCACACCCGUGAAUUAACGAAAUUCCUCAAAUCUCAAGUGGGGAUCAAGUCGUCUUCAAAGGACCAACAAAUAUUGCUUGAAUUUGCAAAAUUAAUUCGUGAAAUGUGGUCACCCAACGUGCGAAGCGUAACCCCUCUGGAAUUAAAAAGUGCUUUUUCAUCGAAACAUCGAAUGUAUAGUGGCUACAACCAGCAAGAUGCACAGGAAUUCUUAAGGUUCUUUUUGGAUUCAUUACAUUGCGCACUAAACGCAGGUGUAAAAGGGGAGCAAUUGAAAAUCGACGACAGUCUUAGUGACAAUAAAAAGGCUGACCUCACCUGGGAAUGGUACUGUAAAGUUGAAAAUUCUGUCAUAAGAGAUCUAUUCGUUGGUCAGUUGAAAAGUACAUUGAAAUGUACAACGUGUGGUAAUACAAGUGUUACCUUCGAUCCAUUCUGGGAUUUAAGUGUUUCACUUCCAUCGUCAUCACGUUGCAAGUUAGACGCCUGUUUGGAUUUAUUCAUCCGUGAGGAAAUUCUGGAUGGUGAUGAGAUGCCAACCUGCUCAAAGUGUCAAGCGCGGCGGAAAUGUACUAAAAGCUUUACAAUACAGCGAUUUCCAAAAUAUUUGGCUAUACAUUUAAAGCGAUUUUCAGAAACUCGUUGGAGCAAACUAUCAAAUGUGGUUGAAUUUCCGACAGGCGAACGCGAACUGAAUAUGGCGCCAUAUGCAUCGAAUACAAAUGUUUCUGCUACAUAUUCACUAUACGGAAUUGCGAAUCAUAUGGGCUCGACGGCUGGAGGACACUAUGUUGCACUUUGUAAACAUCCUGUCACGAAGAAAUGGCACGAGUUCAAUGAUAAUGUGGUCAGUGAUGAUUUAUCGGAAAGUGUUUUGGUUUCUUCUAGUGCCUAUUUACUGUUCUACGAACGAGCCCACUAACAGCGGCAUCAAAUUGAAUACCUUUUCUAAAAGUGCCAACGGCGAGCUUCUGGUGACUCCUCGUUGUAAUUAUACUGGGUCAAAGGAUAUACAAUCGCAACAAGCCGAGUUUCCAAACUACCAACGCAGCUAUUGUCACCGCAAACAUUCGCCACUCAUAAAUAACAGUAGGACCUUCGAUAUCGUCGCCACUUCUUCGAUAACAAAACGGGUGAUUGAUACAUUGUCGUCAAAACGAAAAACUUACGUACCUAGUAUCAGCUUCAUACUACAUUCGUUACUUGGUUUCGUUUUUUAUUCACUUCUACUCCUGUUUUGGUAUUCGCACUAUCGCUAAAUUGAAUGCAAGAGAAAAAUUGUAAAACGGUUUGAUUAUACUUAAUAUUUAUUUAUAUGAAAUUGUUCUAAUGGAUCUUCCUUUAUUAUAUAUGUAACACGAUGUGAUUUAUUCUGUUAAUUCGAAAUCAAACCAACGAUUAGAGAAUCGGAUGUUAUGUGUUUAUUAUUUUUGAGAAAUAUUAUUGAAACUGCAGUAUGUAAGAUUUUUAUUUGUUUUUGUUAUCAUAAUUUAUUGAAGACAUAUGUAUAUUGCGCUUUAUCUAUUUUUUCCUUAAUUUUUAAGACAUUUCUGCUCAAAGUGUACACAUUUUCAAUUGAAAAUUCAUCUCUUUAUUUUUGUAGAUUAUGACCCAGUGCUUGUUCCUUUUUUCAGUUGAACUCAGUCGAAAUAUUUAUUUUUUAUGUAUCUAUAUUUGUUGUAUUUGAUGAACAUUGUUUUGUAUUUAAUACGAAAAACAUGAAAAUUAAAAAAUGGUGCUACAUACAUGCCUUUUGCUAUCUUCUUUUCUCACAGUUACAAUUUCCAGUCGAUAUUUACCUAAUUUAACAUCAAGAUAUGUAAUGUUACAAAGAACAGUUAUCACAAAAUGCUUCGGAAAUUCUUACAUCGUUGGACAAAUUGUUUACAGUAUGGUGGCUUUCCAUUAGUCGAUGCGAUGUUGCCCUCUGCAACUGAAGUACAAGAGCAUCGACAAUUUGAUGUCAAAAGCGUCCAUAGAUAGGGCAUGUCCAUCCCGUGGAUUUCACUUUGUCGUUACAGGAUCGACAAGUAUCAUCUCGUAGAAGUCCUUCUCUGAACAUAUGCCUAGCAUAUGCUAAGGCAUCUGAGAUUUCUGUUACCCCUACGCAACAGUAAUCAGGUACUUCGAGUAGUUCCACCGCAAUGAACCUCAAUCUAGAAUUCAAAUGAGUUUUACUUUCCUGAACAAUUUUGGAGUUGGUCAGAGGUCUGCUUAGCUCUCUUAGAACAGCGUGCAAUUGCAUGUUUUGAGCGUCGCGAUACCAAUGUAAAUGUAGCAUCAAAUUCGGCCGCAUUCGCCCGAGACUAUCAGACAAGCAAUUUGGCAAAGAAAAAUUAGUAAAAGCUCAAUUAGCGCUUUGGUGCGCCGUUUUGAUGCUACAAACUCUUAAGAUCAUGAAUACUGCUAUGGGAGCAAAGAGGCAGCCGGCUCAGAUCUUCAGAGCCAGCCCGUAGCAUUUUACAAAGGAAAGCAGCUCUCCAACCCUCCAGGUCUCUCAGGUCCUAAUAGAAUGGUUUACUUGGUGUCCGUAGCCCGGCUAUAUCUAGAGCUGUGCAAUGGCAAAGGAAGUGCCUGAAGGUUCCCCCUUUUCUGCGCGGCUUCGGCGCGAAUUGUAGUGUAUAGCGGAGUCUGGCGGCCUGGUCCCCUAUAAGUCAGUGCUCUGACUCUCGGACGGCCAAUCCACAUAUUCUCCUCUACGUCCCUACGACUGGAAACCCAGAGGGGGUGACCUUAAACGUGCCACUCAGACUGUUCAGCGCGUUUUUUGCAUUGCCCCACCAGCCUGAAAGCUGUCGUCGCUGAGUACAAGGCCGCUUAGUUGUCGGUCAGAAUGGCUGUUACGCUUGGGGCCCAAAUCAUGCCUAUUAAACUUCGUUCUAUUUUACUUUUUGUUCAAAGCCUACCACCAUACAAUAGAGCGGUGCGUUCAGAUGGGACGCACCACCGCUGUGCACAUCGAACCAUCCUCGACCAGAGGCCCCAUUUCUUGGCAAAGGGUUUCCUGCAGACAUAGAAGUCUUCUUAACUCGUAAUUUUAUGUUCAAUCUCCAAUUUAGCUUCGGAUCUACAAUUAUACCCAGAUAAUUUACAUUGGAGAAAAGAACCAGUCUUCGUUCCUUCAGCCUCGGGAGGUGGAAUUCGGGUACCAUUGGCUUGGUGGUGAAAUAUUCACCGUAAAGGGUAAAGAGGAGCAAAGUGAAGCGCUAUUACUUACCAUUCUGCGGAAACUAAACUUAGGUAUUCGCAGCAGCACUCAUUCGCCGAUCGCCACCUACGUUUGAAAAUUGACGAUACCUCUCUCUUCCGCGCCUUAGCAGCUUUUUUUGUUUUUUCAUUAAAAAUCGGAUGCAAAAUAGACAGAUUUUUAAUAAAUAAGCAAGUGACAGCGAUUAAGCCUCUACAAAUGACGGAGAAACAAAAAAGCGGAAAUAUCGCAAGUACAGUGGCAGUUAUUUGGACUGUGGCCUUGCUUCAAUAGAAUUAAGCAAUGAAGAAAUACCUCAGCGUGUGCUCUGUGUGAAAAUACUCUCGUCCGAACGAUGUUUCGAAAUGCAGAGGACCGGUUGCUCUCAACAUGUGUGGAUGUGUGUUUGUGAUGGGGCUUUUUAUAAACUCUCAGCACUUAGACCGUGGUGACCCAUCGUACUCGACUCCUCGUCUAACGGAAUAUCCAGGAUUCAUUUAUGCAUUGCAGGAUUUCCGUUAGUGGAUAUCAUGCUACCCGGAGCAACUGGAAUACACCAGCAAAAAAAUCUGUUGCUUGAUACGUUCGUAGGCGGACCAUUCACAUAGAAAAUGCUCCGUGGAUUCCGCUUUCUCAUUACAGGAGGGACACGUAUCUUCUUGUAUAAUUGCAUCCAGUUUGCACCAUCUUAUUUAUGUAAAGCCGAAUUUUUAGCUGUAGAUGUAAUUAAGAGAAAAUAUCGCUCAAUAAUCAAUAGUUUUCGAAUUUUAUAACUAAACUUAGUUUUAUUCCUCGCCGGUGUUAUACAAUGGAAUACAUGGUUUAAAAUGGUGUGUCCAUAUAAAGCUAAAUUCCAUAAGUCAAUAAAAACAUUUUAAUGGCUUCGUAGAGCGGGCAUUUGUACUCAAGUGCCAGUUUGAAAUUUUUAUUUAGAAACCAACACAUGUUUUUUUGUUUUCGAGUUUUGUCUCAACGUAGGAAAGUGAAAUACAUUUAAGCACAAAGUGCCGGGCUCCUGUCUCAGACAGACUACCGGCUAAAACACCUCCCUGGAACGCCCAGAACUGUUACCCGGGACCGUUUAACACAUUAUUUCAGGCCAGGCCUACAAACCCCGUGGAUUCAGGAAGCCUCAGCUACCCUAGCAUUGCCCCUAUCCUUUUCGCCUUAAGAAUGCCUUGAGUGUAAUGUGCCACUCGGUUCCACAUUUUCUCAAUUAUAGUGUCCGAGGACGCAAGACGAGCUUCCAUCGAGAGGUAAUAGCGAUGACGUUCCCACCUGCUGCAGAAGAAAAAGGUGGGGCAGGCAUCAUCCAUCGUAUCCUUACAAUAAGUGCAAUCGGGCGACCGUAAUUUCUUAAUAGUGUUCAGGUAAGAUCGAAAAUAUCCAUAUUCGCUGAGAAUCUGGGUUAGGUACUAGUCAACCUCACCAUGCUUUCGAUCGAACCACGGCUGCACCUCCUUUAUUAGAUGCGCGAUCCAUCUACCUCUCCAUUCUCUUUCCCAAGAUUGCUACAAUGCGCAACAGAUACGGGCUUUCUUUUCAUAAGCAACAGCUUCCGUCGCCUUUUCUGAGGUAUAUAAACCUCCGCUCGGCAGCAAGGAGAGUGAUCGAAAUAACUCCCGCUAUUGUCAUUACUGUUGGCACAAUAGGCGGACACAACUCGCCGAGCUCCUCGUCUUUGUACUUGCGCUAGGCGUUUGCGGUACACUUUAUAGGAGGGCGGACUGAACCGUAUUUAUCAGCAAGCGACACCUGCUAGAUAAGGGACCUCCGAUAUUAAGCAUCAGCCGGCAACUCGUAAACAUUCUAGCCGCAUCAUCGUGUCUAUCAUGAUGCCGAGGUUCUUCACCGCCGGCUUAGACAAGACCAUGUUUUCACCAAACUAAUUAGGAGCCCUCUUCUUGGUCAGCACAACGACUUCGGUUUUCUCCGACGCUACGGAGAGUCCAUGUUCCAUCUGCUUACUCACCGCAUCACCAUUCCCCAUGUACGCAGAGCUCAGCCAUGCGUGCGGUAACCAGUGUCGCAACAUCAUCCGCAUAUUAUAUAAGGCGUUCCAGACUUUAGUGACAACACGUAAGCCAAUUUUUAAUUCAUUUUAGGUGGAUUUGCAGGCUUUGAUGCAACUGGUGACCGGGGUGGAUAUUUAAAAUUGCAGUAUAAUCUGCGAACGUUGAGGUUGUUAGUUUACAGUAAGCUGGUAAAUCCGAAGUAUAGAUUAGUGUCCGUCCAAGGAGCAAAACUGGUAGGCAUUCAUCGCAAAAGGCAGCAUCACUUGUUCUUUGUCUGCUGCUGUAUCAGAGUCGUUACCGAACAUUCACGAUAGAUUUUUCAGCAUGCAUAUCAUGAAAUACUUCAACCUACAGAACAUAUGCAUUCAAUGAACCACAUCAAGCAGAUUAUAUAUGAUAUAUAGUGUUAUUGGCCAUCGAUAUAUUCUACGUUUGCAUGGGUAUGCAGUUGAUCCAUUAUAUCAACAUAGUUUUUGGAUUAGUUGUAUUCUCAAUGAUAUUCAGUUUCUUUUUUGCAUUUCCUUGGACGACAAGAAAUGUAGUGACAACAUAACAAUUUGUAACGUGUGUUCAUUGCAAAUUCCGUUGACACUACUAACUUCAUUUUUUCCUUCGACAAAUCUAAAACGAUGCGUUGUUCUUGACUGCCUUUGGGAGUUAUGUUUCGAUCGCAACCAGUAAUCACAAAAUCCACAUUUUGAUUCCAUAUUUAGCAUCUUUAAAUGGAAUGUUCUACCUAAAAAGCCAGCGGCCAUAGUUUGAAAUCAACUGUUCACUGUCUGAUAGAUUUUUAGUAUAUUCAUGCUUUUCAAGUUAUUCUGUCACACGCAUAGGUAUUAAUUUGUCACGAAUACCAGAAAUCAAACGUACUGCAUCAUCACCAAAUGGAAUGCAAUCUCUAACAUCUUCAAUAGCACUAGUUUUCAUUUGUUGUUUUCUCAUUUCAAAGUUGUAACUGUAGUUACCGCAACAAAAAACGAUAAAUGAAAAUAUGCAUGUUAAGAAGAUUACAUACAGGAAAUUCGUCUCCCGGUGCAUUGCUUGAGUUUAUAUAGUGCAAGAAAAGCAUUGCACAUGUUCGACUUUCUUCAAUCACCUGUACGUGAAAAAUUUUCCGCAUUUACUCUGAAGUUAGUGUCGUAUAUGUAAUGCAGUCACUGGAGUGCUGCCACGUGGCUGUGAGGGCAACACUACACAUGUGCGAAAUCUACUGAUGCAGCAUUUUGAAUUUGCAAGCAAAAUAAAGCUACUUUACCGAAACCCAGCACAUUCAUCGACUGGCUUUUAUUAAAUUGGAUGUUAACUUCAGAAAAUAGUAUACGAUCAUAUAUAAGGAACCAAUGAGGGUUAAUAUUUCUGCUCCUUAAGCCAAAUCGCGCGUGAUUAGUAACGAGAAACAUUUUGACUUUAAAACAGAAUGACGGUUACAUUUAGCCGACCUUGAAGGAAAACGAAAAAGACGAGAAAAUUUCAUUUAGUAUUAACAUCAUCAUUUAAUCGCAUUAAGUGCAAUUAAUAAAAUCUAAGAAAACAAGGAAAAAAAGUAAAUAUAAAUUUUAAUUAGUAAUUGAUUGAAAAAGCAAAUUAACAGUUGAAUACUGAGCUAAUUUCUUACUCAUUCUUUCUCUACUCACAAUAUUUUUAAUGAUAUUUUGAAGAUAUUGAGGUAAAACUCGUUUUCCUCCCUUUCAUUAUUUAGUGAUAAUUAAGUGAACGAAUAAGGAUUGAAACCCUUUGUGCAGAAAAGAAGUGUGGAUGUGUUGAGACGAAAAGUUUAAAAAUAUUUUAAACCUAAUGUAUGCGCAUAAAACGUAUAUUGAAACGAAAGAAAUUCUAUUGAGCAUCUUUAGUGUCGUUACUUUAGGUUUAAUUCAGUUAGAUUGUUGAGAAGCAAGAUAAUGUUAUAUUCGAUAUUUUUUGAUUGUGUAUUCAAGUAAAUCUUAUAUAUAUAUAAAUAGUAGUGUAGGACUAAAUAUAAUUUUUACUUUGUAAAAUAAUGAGAAUAUACAUGUAGAAAAAUAAAAGUCGAUACUAUUUUGCCA